AUGGGAGCAUGGUUUGGAAUAUCUCAUGACGCUAAAGAACUCCACUGUCUCCUAAGGUUACAGAAAAGGGCUGCCCGAGUAAUCCUUGGAGUUGACUCUUAUUCUAGAAGUGUUAUAAACUUUAGUAAACUAGGCUGGUUGCCUUUUUUUGAUGAAAUCAAACUAAAUAAGUGUACAAUGAUUUUUAAGAGCCUUAAAGGCGAUGUUCCGAUUUACAUCAGAGACUUGCUCAAGACGAACAGUUCUGUACACAAUAGGUCUACUAGACAUGGCAAUUUAAAUUUAGUGUGUCCCAAAUACCUAAGAAAUAAUGAUGGUGGCAAGGCAUUCAGUGUUGUCGCAGUUAAGUUAUGGAACAGCCUUCCCCAUAAUAUCAAAAAUAAGCCUAGUAUAAAACUAUUCAAAACAGCUGUGAAAAAGUAUUUUAUAAGCUCAUAUAGAAACCUGGACAACUUUGAAACAAUAUUAAGCAAUAGCACAUUAUCUAAUUUUAAUUUUUUAUAA